CUCUUCUCUUUUCUCUCUGCAACAAAACUUUUUUUUACUCGCUGUAAAACACUAUGGAGAACACCGACCCUUUUACCCACAUAAUGGAAGACCACAGUUACUGCUGUUCUAGUGUGCAGGACCUUCUAUCACACCCACACCCUCCCACAGCAGCUAUGAUGCCCGGCCCUACGAAGCUAUCGUCUCCACAAAUAGCUAAUAUAGAGAUGCCACCACCACCGCCGUCAUCUACUAUGGCUCCUCCCAUGGUUGACGACGUGCCAGUUGCUACUGUCCCCUCUAUGAACCAUAUAUUUUAUCCUCCACCCCCGCCUCCUCCUGAACCACCAAUGCCGCUAGUACCACAGCACCCACAGCAUCUGCACCAGCGUCCCGAGCAUGUUGUUCACCCGACACCUACCGGCAGCACAAUAGCGACAGUAACAACAGAGUCGCCGACGUCAUCGUCAAGUCAGCAGCAGGAACCAUUUGAAGAGAGGCUUCCAGGGGGUAGGAAACAGCAAGAAACAUCGUCAGUGUCACUUCCUUCUCACAACAUGCGCUGGACGGAUGAAGAAGACGAACUUUUGCGCAUAGGACUUUUAAAGUUCGGGUAUGGGAAAUGGAAAGCUAUUUCUGAGCUUGUCAAAACGCGAAACUCGCUCCAAUGUAAAAACCAUGCGCGUCACUGGCUUUUGACCGACAAGAUGGAUGAAAAUGUACAAAAUCAACCAACAAUAACAAAACCCGGCACUGUUGAAGACGAGACUCCCGCGAAAGAUGAACAGCAAGGAGAGCAAAAACAAGCAGUAGCAAGAAGCGUCAAAUCUCCCUCAGACACAGCAAUGAUGAUGACGGAAUCCAGUCAACCACCUUCCCCUCAGCCUGCGUCUUUCUUCAAUCCUCAUCCAACACCAGCCGAUCAACAGCACUUUGCUACAGUCACUGACAACGAUGUUGCCUCUGUUGUGCCGGCAGACACUGCUACUACUGCCCCAACAGCUACAACCGAAGAUGAUUGCAAACACUUUGACAGAGACGUUAUCACAGACGAUGAAAAAAAACACAACCCUGAAUGGUUUUGUGACUCGAAAUCGAUCGCCAAAUCGCCUGAACGUUACAUGAAAAUCCGCAAUCAUAUUCUGGACACUUGGCACAAUGUCUACAAGCCAGAAUAUAUGACGAAAACCGCUGCACGCCGAGGAUUGAAAGACUGUGGUGAUGUCAACGCUGUUGGGCGCGUACACGCAUAUUUGGAACAAGCCAAAGCAAUCAAUGUUGGCUGUCCACCUGCUAAACCACGAGCACCUGCAACGAGACGCGCACCAUCAACAUCAUCAUCGCGGCGCAGCUACUUUUACUACCAAGAAAGCGACGACGAUGAAAAUGUUGAAACUACCCAGAAGCGUAAAUCAAGACCCGACGAUGACUAUGAUGGACAUAGUAGUAAAGGUGGCAACCGCAAAAACAGACCGCGUCCGAAACGAGUUACCAAGAAACCACAGCAUUACUAUGACGAAGACACGCGCGAUCCUGAUGACCCAUUCUGCCUAGUGCCUGUGGAGGAUUAUGUUGACUUUGUGAUGGACUUCCAUUCACACUUGUCCUAUACUGAAAUUAUUGGCUUGCUCGGAGGUCGCUAUGUGCAUGACGAACGGAAACUUUACGUGGAUUGCGUCUUUCCUUGUCGAGGAACCAGUAGCACGGAUAUUGAGUGCGAAAUGGAUCCAGAAUCAGAAAUGAAAGCACGAGAAAUGUUUGCACAAAAAGGUCUCUCUGUCGUCGGGUGGUACCAUUCCCAUCCAACCUUUGAACCCAAUCCAAGCGUCCGCGAUAUCGAAUACCAACGACUCUAUCAAACACUUUUCCGAGAUGAAACAACAGGCAUUGAGCCAUUCAUUGGUAUCAUUGUAAACCCUUCAUUUACUUUUGACGGUGGUGACAUUUCGCGAAUACAAUAUGUUCAUAUUGAUCAAAACCAAAAGAACCAACCUAUUCCAUUCGCUUGUUCAUAUACCAUUCUUUCAAGUGACAUCUUGCCUGGAGAAAUCGUUGAGCAAAUGACCAAUCUGGUACUCCAAUUCAAAACUGGCUCCAAAACUGAUUCAGAUUUCGAUGCGCGGAUGGAUAAGGUUAUUGCCUCAUCACGAGCGAACCUUCCACUUGUCACUGAACAUAUGCUGAACUUGAUCCACAACUUGCGUGCUUUGAUGCACGAAAACAAUACAGCAGCCGCUGAUGGCCCUUCUUCGUCUGGUACAGUUAGCGUGAUGUAGCCGAAAAAGAAAAUAACAACAACACGUACAUGGAUCCUGUAAAAAAGUUAAUGAUAGCGGUACAUAUUGAAUAUAUGAGGAAAAAAGAUUUCUUUGUUGGUUAUUUUUUGCUGCCCAUAUGCUGUGGUGCUUGAUGUCCUCUAUAUAUAUAUAUAUGUGGAGGUGAGACUAUGUAUCAAUACCGAAU